ACUUUUGGCAGUUGUCUACGUGUGUGGGUAUUAUGUGUACUUAUUAAAAAUUCCGGCUAUUUGAGUAAAUAAGACGUUUCUAAUUACUAAUUUAUUGUCUUUCUAUGUUUUACAAUUAGGUGUAGUUUAUAAACAAUGAACUUAUUAGUGAAAAUUAUAUUGUUUACGUUAAUUGCGGGGGCGUUGACUGAUGAACACGAUCACAUUUACGGCGACAACGAGGAGGUAGUCCUAUGGAUGAACACAGUGGGACCGUAUCACAAUCGGCAGGAGACCUAUCGGUAUUUCUCGCUGCCGUUCUGUGUCGGAUCGAAGGAGGCGAUAUCUCAUUACCACGAAACGCUCAGCGAGGCGCUGCAGGGCGUCGAAUUGGAAUUUAGCGGGCUCGAUAUCGAAUUUAAAGCCGACGUUCAAAAGACUGAGUACUGCGGUACGUUGUUAAACGAUGAAAAGUACAAGGCGUUCGUUUACGCCGUUAAAAAUCACUACUGGUACCAGAUGUACAUCGACGACCUGCCGAUUUGGGGAAUAGUCGGUGAAGUGACCGACUCCAAUUAUUAUAUAUGGACGCAUAAGAAGUUCGAAAUCGGUUAUAAUGGCAAACAAAUCGUCGACGUUAACAUUACGGCGCAAGACAAGGUGCUGUUGAAGCCUACCGUUAAGCUCAGCUUUACGUAUGAGGUCAUUUGGAAGAAGUCGAACAUUAAGUUUGAAAAUCGGUUCGAUAAGUAUUUGGAUCCGAAUUUUUUCCAGCACAGAAUUCACUGGUUCAGCAUCUUUAACAGUUUUAUGAUGGUGAUAUUCCUCGUCGGUUUGGUAUCGAUGAUACUGAUGCGCACACUUCGUAAGGACUACGCUCGUUACAGCAAGGACGAGGACAUGGACGACAUGGAACGCGAUUUGGGCGACGAGUACGGCUGGAAGCAGGUGCACGGCGACGUAUUCCGACCGGCUUCGCAUUCCUUACUUUUUUCCGCACUUAUCGGUGCCGGCCAUCAGCUGACGACCGUCGUUUUCUGCGUUAUAAUUUUCGCAAUUUUAGGCGAUCUGUAUACGGAGCGUGGUUCGAUGCUGUCCACUUCGAUUUUUGUGUAUGCGGCCACGUCGCCGGUUAACGGCUACUUCGGCGGCUCGCUGUACGCGCGCAUGGGCGGCAAGGUUUGGAUACGGCAGAUGCUCGUCUCCGCCUUUAUGCUGCCCGCGUUAAUCUGCGGCACAGCGUUCUGCAUCAAUUUCAUCGCCAUCUAUUACCACGCCUCGCGUGCGAUUCCGUUCGGCACGAUGGUCGCGGUUACGUGCAUUUGUUUGUUCGUAAUUUUGCCGCUGACGCUCGUAGGUACGGUGCUGGGUCGAAACUUGGCCGGUCAGCCCGACUAUCCGUGCCGGAUUAAUGCGGUCCCUAGACCUAUACCCGAGAAGAAGUGGUUCAUGGAGCCGGGGGUCAUUAUACUUCUGGGCGGUGUGUUACCGUUCGCUAGCAUAUUCAUUGAGAUGUAUUUCAUCUUCACAUCCUUCUGGGCCUACAAGAUCUACUACGUCUACGGCUUCAUGCUCCUAGUCGCGCUGAUACUGGUCAUCGUCACAGUUUGCGUGACGAUCGUGUGCACGUACUUCUUACUAAACGCCGAAGAUUACCGCUGGCAGUGGACCUCGUUUCUGGCGGCCGCCUCGACCUCGGCCUACGUUUACGUCUAUUCCAUCUAUUACUUCUUCUUCAAGACCAAGAUGUACGGCCUCUUUCAGACGGCCUUCUACUUCGGCUACAUGGCCCUGUUUAGCGGCGCUCUGGGAAUCUUAUGCGGAACGGUCGGCUUCAUCGGCACAAGUAUAUUCGUUAGGAAAAUCUACUCGACCGUCAAGAUCGACUAACAAGACUUCACUAGUGAUUGUAAAUAACUUGUUGUUGUAACUUUAUAUGAGCGAAUGCGUUGUCGUUUCUCUGAUUUUAAUAAAAACGCAAUUUGUUAACUGCGUGAUCCGUCACA